ACCGAACAAGUUGCAGUCGCCAUUUUAUUUGGGAGUGAAUAGUGUUUCGUAUGUGACUCUCUGUUGUUUAUAUUUAAAUCUCCCAAGAAUUCGGUGUUGUAUAUGCGGACGGUUCACAGAUGGCUUGUCUGAUAACAUUGAAACAAGAAAUUAAGACUUUAGAAUCAGUAUUUCCAAAAAACCACGAAAGAUUCCAGAUAGUGUCAGCUAGUGUGGAUGAACUGAACUGUAGAUUCGUAGGCAAAAAUGGGAAGAAAUAUGAAAUUCAUGCGAAUAUUACUGAAACCUAUCCUUCAACUCCACCAGUUUGGUUUGCAGAAUCAGAAGAAACGAGUGUAACUAAUGCUGUCCAAAUUCUUAGUAACACUUCUGGCAGAGACAACCAUGUGCUGAACCAAGUUGGUAUUCUACUUCGAGAACUAUGUCGAUUACAUUGUAUCCCAGAACCCCCCGAUAUUGCGCUGCUUACAAUGCCAGCUGCUGCUGCUGCAUAUCGACUUCCAGAUCGGCUGGAGGAAGAUCGAGAUAUGGAGGACGAAGAUGAUGAUGAUGAAGAGGAGGGAGAGGAAGAUCUUCAUCUUGAAAUGGAUGAAGGAGAGGGUGUUGCCAAGAGUAAGGUGGACGAGAUGGACACGGAACACUUGGCAACAUUGGAACGACUAAGGCAGAAUCAACGGCAAGAUUAUUUAAAGGGCUCUGUUUCUGGCUCCGUUCAAGCAACUGAUAGGCUUAUGAAAGAACUGAGGGAUAUUUACAGGUCCGACAGCUUUAAGAAAGGGAUGUACAACAUAGAUCUGGUGAAUGACAGCCUGUAUGAGUGGAACAUCAGACUUAUGAGUGUUGAUCCCGAUUCGCCUUUACAUAAUGAUUUGGUGUUGCUCAAAGAGAAGGAGGGAAAGGAUAGCAUCUUACUGAAUAUGACUUUUAAGGAGACAUAUCCUUUUGAGCCACCGUUUGUACGUGUUGUCCAUCCAAUCAUCUCUGGAGGUUAUGUAUUAGUGGGUGGAGCCAUUUGUAUGGAACUUCUUACGAAGCAGGGUUGGAGUUCGGCAUAUACGGUAGAAGCCGUUAUCAUGCAGAUAGCUGCAACCUUAGUGAAAGGAAAGGCGAGGAUUCAGUUUGGAGCUGCCAAGGUUUGUAACCAGGGUCAGUACAGCUUGGCAAGAGCACAGCAGUCUUUCAAGUCCUUAGUCCAGAUUCAUGAAAAAAAUGGUUGGUUUACUCCACCCAAGGAAGAUGGUUAAAAAGUCUGUGAAACUUUCUUUGUUGUUUUUAUUAUUACUUUUUCCUUGGAAACGGUUAAUAAAACCGAACUGCGAAGCCUAGAGACUGACGGGGUAAGUGCUGUCGUUAAAGCACGAGACCCAAAAUAAUAGUGUGUGGCGGUGAAUUGUUACUUGCUCUGUAUUGUGCGUGAGUGUUGAUCUGUUGACAUUAAUUUAUGAACAAGAGCAUGUCCGUAGUUUUGAGUGACGAGCGAAUUGAUCGCACAGAUGAUUGUUUAAAUAUACAAGCAGUGUGUCGGUUGACAUGUGUUAAAAUAAACUGAUUUCUUGAAAGAAAAAACAAUUUUGUUGUAUUCGUGUAGCUUUUUUUUUUUAUGUAUGGGCAUUGUUGUGACUUCAAGGCCUCCCACUUAAAUUUCCUCCAGAGGAAAACAUAUAAGCGACAUUGUGGUAUAUUUUCUUCCAUUUGUGUUCUAAAUCGUCUUAUUUUCAUUGUUUUAUGGCAGAUGCGAAGCUAGUUUCUUAUUGUUUUAUCAUUGUUUAAAUUUUGUGAUUGUUUUUAAGGCAGCAGUGAUAAGUGUAAUGGAUCUGAAGUGUUGAUAAGUGUAUGUGAGCUUCUGGCGUGUUACAAACAUUCCACAUAGAAUUUGUGUGGCUGCAGAUUUGGUGUACAGGAAAGGAUUGGAAUGAUACACGUCUUACUGCUGCGCGUGCUACUUCGGCCUUCCCGUUUACUCGCUCCACUCUCGAUUACUCCGCGAAUGACUUCACAUUCUAAGUCAUUGCCAUUUUGUGUAGGCCGACAUUGUACUCAGAUGUGGCUCUAAAUAAAUUUGGAACUCAGUAUUCAACUUUGAACUACAAUUAUGUGUAACAUAUUUCAGUUACAAAGAGAAUAAUAUUGUAUUUUCUGUAACCUUGAAAUGAAGUAUAUAUAUAUAUAUAUAUAUAUAUAAGGAAGUCUGAAACCAAAUGAAAGGGUUUUUGUUUAUUGAAGAACAGCCUUCAGCAAGGAUACUCAUGUUUCUAUAUGCCAUUGUAGUCUCAGGUUAACAUUGUGCAGGUUCCUGGAAGGCAGUUUACUUGCGGAGUUUGAUUUCUGUGCAUUUGAGUUUACCAAACAACCUUCAUUUGCAGAAAUAGAAAAUGAGUUAUAUAUAAUUGGCAGCAUACUCAUAAUUACAUAUAAAAAAAGUUCUCAUGUUUGGGUUAACACCAGAAUUUAAAUUGUAAAUUAGUUCCUAACUUUUUUCUACUGUGUUGAUUCAGUUAAAUGGAUCACGCCACUGGAAACAUAAGAAUAUCCGUUAGUUACAGGCUGGUUUGGUAGAUUCACGCAAGUUUGUAAUGAAUUUCAAAUAAGGUCUUCUUUCUUUAUUAGUUAUAAUGCAGUUUAGUUAUUCUUCACUUGUAUUUCACUAAUGUAAAGAAAUGAAAUACUGUGUUUCAAAAUCUAGGAAUAAAUUAACAUUUGGAAGUA